AACAACGGUUGCGGACGUUUAUUGCCAGUGUCAACUAUUUUAACGAACUAAACAACAAAUAAAUUGUUGUAAAAAUAUUGAACAAAUCGGUUCAUCUAUUAAAUUGCAAAAAAAUAAAAAAUCAAACGCCAUUACAUUUCGAACACAAGUUAAAUCAAGUGCACCGACCGAAACCAAAAAAUACAAGGGUUUUCUUUUCUAUUAACGCGGGCACGUGCAAGGUCCACCAUUAAUAAUCAAAGAAAAUCAAAUUAAACAUACAACAGACACAAAUUUGUGCUAAAAAUAAAAAAUAAUAAAAUUAAAAAAAAAAAAAAAAAAUGUCAAUGAAACAUCAUAAAUUUGAUCAUAAAAAUGUGCAAAAUGACGAUGGCGAUGAGGAGGUUGUUGAACUUUUGGCAGGAUCACCACAAAUACGUAUUAUGCCAAAAGCUGAAUUUCCAAAUUAUAAAGAUAAUAGAAAAGCAACAUAUACCUGGAAGAUGCUCACAAGUAAACCGUCCUCAUUAGAGCAUGACGAUGAUGAUUGUAAACCAGCCAAUGAUCAACAGACAACUAUGCCACCGAAUAAUAAUGAAUUGGUCUCAUCGAUAGCGAAAACAGAACCAGCGACGACAGACACUGCAACAGCAACAGACACAACAAUAGAUGCUCACAAAGAUACCGCAAGUAACAGCAACAGUAACACUGCCAUAGCUCAACACAGAAACAGCGGAUCUAAGGAUUCAAAUGGUGGUAAACCAGUUGACCCUUACAUACGAACUUCAAAGAGUAGUGGCCAUAGUAAUGGUGGUGGUGGCGACAAUAGUAAUGGUGAUGCAGACGAAGACGAUGGCGAAGAGACUGAUAUCAUCGGCGACUUAGUGGGUCACUUUGGUAAAUGGCAGUUAUUAAUGACAGUUCUAUUGUCAUUAUUUCAAGUACCCAAUACAUUUCACAUAUCAUCCUCAGUAUAUCAAGCAGCCAACAAAGAAUUUUGGUGUAGACGUCCAGCGCAUUUGCAACAUUUACCCGUCGAUGUGUGGCGUAAUCUAAGCAAUUCCAACGAUAACUGUUACCAAACUCCAGUCGACUGGAGCAUUAUUAGCAAUGAUACCAAUGAGCAAAUGCAUCAGCAACAAUCCAUAUUGAAGUCUCUCAUGGAGAACAACAAUCGUACUGCGUGUUCAUCAUGGGAAUAUGCAGUUAAUGACAAUGUAGGGAAUAGUUGGACCUCACAAUGGGAUCUCGUCUGCGAUAAGGAAUAUUUGAAAAAUGUUGCUGAAAUGUUUUUUCUAUUGGGUGUGGCAACCGGUGGUAUUAUAUCGGGUUAUCUCUCGGAUAAAUUUGGACGUAAAACAAUGCUUUUCAUAUCGGCUGUAUUACAGACAAUAUUUGGUCUAGCACUAUAUUUUGCUCAAUCUUUCGAAAUGUACAUAACUUUGAGAGCACUUUUGGGUCUGGUAUCAGUAUCGGUUACAUAUUCUGGCCUCAUUUUAGCCAUAGAAUAUGUUGAUGGAAAAUGGCGUACCAUCGCCGGCAUGUAUAAUCUCUUUCCACUGCCAAUAUCGUACAUGCUAAUUUCCGGCAUUGCGUAUCUAACACAGGACUAUCAACGUCUUCAGUUGUGUAUCGGAUUACCAGGAAUCUUCCUGUGUUUUUUAUGGUUUGUUGUACCCGAAUCUCCACGUUGGCUACUGGUCAAGGGCCGUGUCGAAGAGGUGAAACGUAUUGUACAAGCAGCAGCUGAUUUUAAUAAACGUGAAUUGCCACCCAAUUUUGAGUCGCUGCUGAAGCCCCCCACCCAAGAAGUCAGUUCACAGGAUUUUUUCUGUCUCUUUAGAUCGCCCUACUUGCGACGUAUUACAAUUUGUUUUCUUUGCAUCUGGUUCACUAUGAAUUUGGCUUAUUAUGGUUUCAUAUUGAACAUGAGUACAUUCGGUGGCAAUGUCUAUCUCAAUUCGGCAUUAGCAGGUCUUGUCGAAAUACCUGCAAUUGCAAUUGCCAUAUAUAUUAUAUCCAAAGUUGGUAAGAAAUGGCUGUUUAGUGCCACUCUAAUUUGUGCCGGCAUUGCCUGCUGUUGUGCAGCAAUUACAGAGGGAAAAGAGGAUAUUUUAUGGUUAAAAAUUACUUUCAUCAUGAUUGGAAAAUUUACAAUAAGUGCGGGCAAUACCAUUAUGCCCGUUUAUACAGCGGAAUUGUAUCCAACAGCCAUACGGAAUGUUGGUGUGGGAGCUUGUAAUGUUGCAGCUGGUUUGGCUCUUAUAUUAACGCCAUAUUUGUCGUUAUUGACUAAAAUUGAAGAUCAUUUAUUAAUGUCACUUUUAACGGCUUGGUGCCUAUUUGGUGGAUUUGUUGUAUUAUUUUUACCUGAAACCAUGAAACAACACUCAAAAGCUCAAGCUCAAGAAGAAAAAUGUUAGAAGUUUACAUUUAUGUUUGUGUAUCACAAAGAAUUUCCAGUAUAAAUAUUUAAAACAGCAAAACAAAUUUUAGCUUAAAUUUUGGCUGGUCCAGAAUUUAGGAAUAUUUUUUCAUCAAUAUUGUUUUUCUUUAAUUAAGUAUCUAUAAUUUUCAUUAUCUCUUUUUAUUUUACUCAAACGAAACAACAACAAAAAUUUUAAAUACUCAAAGCAAAAUUUCAUUUAUGUUUAAAAUAUUAUUUAAUACAUUUAAAUAAUUGUUUUGUUACUGAAGCACAGCAGGCAGGACCUUUAAGUUACGAAUUUCAAAAAAACCAAAUAAAAUAUACUAUAUGCAACACAUAUCCCCCCCCCCCCCCCACACAAAUACUUACAUACACAAAUAUUAUAAGUACAUAAUCUCGUACACAAUAACGUUUCCAUAUUCAUCAUAUGGAAACGGAAAUUAAAUAAACUUUUAAAGUUGUUUCCCAUUCAAACAUACUACAGACACACAUACACCCAGAUCCGACCAUACUUACAUGUAAUGCAUACUUGGAAUGAGUGUUGUAAAGAGUACACAUUACUGUUGUUACCAUACAUAUGAUUGAAAAUAGAAGCAGUUGAAACAUGACUAAAAGUAUUUUGUAAACAAACUUUGUUUAGUAAUAAAUGUUCAUUACUCCCUUCAUUACAUUGUCAUUAUGCAUAUAAUGACUUUUUAGUAAUUAUUUUAUUACUGAGCAAUGUAAUUAUUUAUAAACUGAUAAGGAAAUUGUAAACAAAAAUGUUUGUUUUUUUAAGUAAAACUAUUUUCUUUGUAACAAAUAAUAAUAAAUACAAUUUGUACAGAAUAUUAUCUUUAAUGCAGCCAAAUCUGUGAAAUUUUAAUCCAACUUUAUCCAUGCUAUUUCCUAAGUAAAUUUUUGGCACACUUCGCACAAUGGGACUGAUUACUAUAAAUAUACUGUGAAUGGUUUAUGCUUGCUUCUACAACUCAUAUUUACAUACGUCCAUGUAAACCUUGUUUUUAAACUGAGGCCACAUAUGACUUUUGAAAUUGAUCUGUUUUUCGUAUAGCCCACUUAUAACUUUCCCAUUCACUGAGAAUUCGUACCCUGAAUGUUAGGGUUAAAAUCGAUCCUAGACUACAUUCAAGGUUCCCUUAUGUUCCUAAUUGAAGUUAAGGUAAAGGUAGAGCGAUGAAAUUAAAAAGUUAUAUACAUAUGUAAUGCUUUCAUCAUUUUCUUAUAAGGUUCGGUCCAUACCAAGACCUCCUCCAGAAAAGGUUAUUGGCGAUAAAAAUAUUUUUUUACA